UGUACGUGUGUUUUGUGUACCCCGCGGCGUAUGAGUUAUGUGCAACGAUUGUUCGCAAUGUUGAUUUGACGACGACUCAGUGAAUCAUAAAAUGUCGCAGUUUUUCAUGGUCAAAAUUUGUUCAUUGUUUUCAGUGCACGCAUGGACGUGAUGAUGACAUUACGAAGCAAAGCUCUCGACUCCUAUUCCCACGGUCUGUCACCUGUUUGGAGCGUGUCCGUGCGUUAAUCAGACACAUACACACUGUUAUCCAUUCGUACCUAGACUCAGUCGAAAAGCAGACACAUGUGCGCGUCAGGAGCGUCCACAAAAACGUGACACAUGGCGAUGUACUUUUAUGCCAGUAAGAUAUCAGCCAUCGCCUGCGGCACCCGUUCCAAGCAAACCGUCCUUCAAAAGUCGCGCGGUCAACGGGAUCGCGACAAAGACAUAUAUCGUCAGCGGGGAUGUCUGCAGCAGAGCUCCGAUAGCGAGACAAGCACGGACGAGGCAGACUCUGUCAAGCCAUCAUCUCAAUUCCCGGAUGUUGGCAUUUUCUCACUCGAUGUCUGCAGUUCGACUGUGGAAACGACAACGCCAUCCAGCCUGCAACUGAGAAAGGCACUCGAACAGGAAAAUGAGUGUGCAGCGCAACUUGAUGCGAGUGAAUUGGAACUGGGGUUUCGGCAGUUUGAGCUUACGAACGCAAAAUCAAUAGCAAUGGGUGCUGGCAAUGACACAGUUCAAUAUGAUGUGCCCAAAAAUUCGAUAAAGCUCAGCCAAUGUGAUAUCAAUUUUGAGAGCUCUGUUUUGGGUUCCGGCGGCAUUAUGUAUAUAAAUGGUAAAAUAGUUUCUGGCCCGCUGGACUCAUUUACUGAUGUGCUCAUACCCAAGAAUGUCAAUGAUUUGGAUAAGGAAUUUCUGUUCUCAUUCUUAUUAUCAUCACGCUUGUUCUUGCGACCACACGAGCUGUUGGGAAAACUGUUGGACUCGGUACCUGAUAGUGAAUGCUUAGAAACACUAGUUGCCCUUCUGGCCGAAUGGACGCAGAAAUUUCCGUACGACUAUCGGGACGAGCGCAUGAUGAAUCAUAUAAAACAUAUCGUUGCUAGAUGCUCCAAUUCACAUUUAGAAGCCGCAGUCUCUCAAGUACUAAGUGCCUUACUUAACCGUUUGACUGAUUUAGAGGGACAUGAGGCCGAUCUGCGUGCCUGUCAGAUCAGUAACGAUAAGCUCGCUUCAGCCCUUAACUGCACAACUGCCACUCAAUAUGCACAAGUCUUGUGUCGACUGGAAAAGAAAUUGGCCAAGCACAUUGGACCAGAGGAGUUUCUGCAGUGCAGCAGCCUGGUGCUUUUGGAUAAACAGAAGAAGUGGGACCAACCUUCAUCAUCCGCUGGACCGCAGGGUGCACAGGAUCCAAAGAAGACAUGUAACCUGGAAACGUAUCUGGACUGGUCGGCACGUCUGCGUCUCUUUGUCUGCAAUGAGAUACUGCAGUGCAGAGGAAUCGAGGAGCGCAGUAGAACAGUGGAGGUGUGGAGCGGCGUGGCACAGUAUUGCUUGCUGGUCGGCAAUUACAAUAGUGCAACGGCAAUUUUGGAGUCACUGGAAUCACCAGCCAUAUCGAGGCUUAAAAUUACGUGGAGCAAAUUGCAAGUGACAUGCCAGCAAUUGGAUUGCAUGCAACGACAUGCCGAAGGACAUGGUCAUUUAUGGCAUAAGCAGACAAUCGUCUUAAAUGAGCAGCAUCCAAUUCGAAAGACUGAUAAGCAGACGGUAGUUUCGAUAACAAAUGAGCCAUCAUUAUCACCAGUAACAACAGUAGCAAAUGAAGUCACUACAACAGACAGUGAGGCAAUCUCGACUUGUGCCAGUGGGCGUCGAGACACAUCCGGGUUGAGUAUAAGGCUCACGUCCAAGACCCUGUCUGGGACAACAACAACAGAAACUGUAACCAGUUGUGGCAAACCAAACGAUUGGGUGGUUAUUCCUGUGUUUGCGGAUAUUGUUAAAUUGGCACUGGUCGAACGUGAAAACUGUUUGCAGCGUUUACCAAAUGGCCACUUUAAUAUUGCCGCCUUCGAUCGCAUUGGGGCGAUUGUUGGAGCCUUCACAAAGCACAUGCAUUCUAUGAAAUUGGUAGAGGAGCCAUCUAUCUGCGAGUAUGCGAGCUUCUGCUCCCACAUGCAGCAAACAUCCAAACUUGGCGAAGCGGAAUUAAUGAUGGCUUCUUUUGCUUGCGAGGAACCCAACAAUGCUGAAAAGAUGAUGUACGACUUAAAUUAAUAGGAAUUAAUUAUGCUAUAAUGAGUGCAUUCUAAAGUAACAUAUUUGGAUUUGGACAUAAUAACAAAUCGAUAUUGUUUGUAUGUAAAUAUGAAAUAAACUG